AGCAAAUCACAAAUUAACUAUACAAAUUGUUCAACACCAAUCUAAAAAAUCAAGAAAAUUGAAUAACAUGAUUAAUUGAAAGCUUCUUCCUUUCAAUUCGAUAACAUGAUUAAUUGAAAGCUUCUUCCUUUCAAUUAAGUUUCUUCGCUUUCCACUCGAUAACAUCAACUUCAUUCUACACAAUUUGAAAGAAAAAAUUAGACAUGUCUCCACAAACAUAAAUAAGAUUAGUUUUUUAGAAUAUUAAAUAUACCGAGAAAAUUAAAUAUAUGUGUGUGGGCGGGUACCCAUGGGUCGGGUUUACCUAAAUCCAAAUCCAACCUGGUGAAUAGUGAACGGGUUUAAACCCAAACCCGACCCAAAACCCGUCAACACGGAUUUUACCCACGUUGACCGGGUUAAAUAGGGUGGGUACCCGUGGGUUCGGGUUUUGUUGUGAUCCCUAGUGUAGGGAUUUAGGAGGCUAUAUAUGGAUCAAUUCAGACGAGUUUAACAUUUCAAUGUUCUUGAUUAUAUUGUCGAUAAUUUUAUUGUUUCAUGUGGAAGAUCAAAUGUUUUGAUGUUGUGUUAGCAAAUAGCAAAUAUGUCUCAAUAAAUUGAAAGUUCAAAAGAGAUACUAAGUGUCACUUUUAUGUUGUUUAUCAAAUUUGAUUUAUUCUAUCAAAUAAGCUUGUUUGGAAGUUUAGGUUUAAGUAUUUUCACACAAUUCUAGCACACAAAGCCAUUUAAGUAAAAUAUUAUAUCAAAGAAAUUUCAAUAAAAGACAUGCUUGAUCAUAUAAUUUGAUAACGUACGUAUUAUAUUGAAAAUUUAAGUGUCUCGAAAUCAAAUUUUUGAAAAAAAUAGAAAUAAAAACUUUAGAUCUAUCUCUAUUUAAACAUAAAUUUUUUUAUCAGGAUGAUAUAUGUGUGUUUAAUUUUUUUUUCCUGUUAGUUGCUACUUAUUAAGUGAAUCAAGUCUGGAACCUCCUUGUUCAAACAAGUGACAUUAUCACUAGACUAAAUCAUUGUUUCGUAUGAUUUUUCAAUUUAUAUGAAUGACUUCUCAUCAAAAUAUUGUAAACUAUUCUCUCUACUUGGAAGAAAAGAAAACAAGAAAUGGCAAGGGGGAGUUACACAAAAUUGGAAGAAAAAUGGUGCAUUGCCUCCUUCCUAAUAGGGUGAGAAAGAAAACAAGUAAGAACAAGUAAAAAUGGGGGCAAUAUUUAAAAUUGAAAGUAGAGAUGGUUGCUUCUUAGAGAGAGUCAUCAACAAGCUACCCCAUCUCAAUGGAAGAUCAUAUAAAAACAUAAAUAUAAAUCUUUAUGAAAUAAUCACAUUGGACAACAAAGAGAAAAGAAAAACCAACUGGCCACCUUCUUUUCUAUAUUAAGUUUCAAAACCAUUAUAUUAAUUCCAACAAGUUACUAUUUGUCCUCCUCAUUCCCUCCCCUUCUUUCUUCCUUCCCCUUUCCCCACUUAACAAUAUUUUGUUUAGCCAAGUCUAUAAAUACCUAACAAGCAAUUAGACAAAUCCUAAGCACAAAAACCCCCUUUGGAACAAACCACCAAAGGAAACAAAAAAAGUAGCAGCCUUUUCACACAAAAAAUGGGUAUCUUGAGAAGUUCCAGUUGGAGGCCAAACUUUCUAAACUGCUUCAAGCCCAAAGAUCCAAAUAAUCCAGAUUCCACAAAGAGCAAGAAGAAUGGUGCUUCAUCUUCUUCAAACAGGAUCUCACUCUUGGAUUGGAGUGGCCCACAAUCACAGCUCUCAGUGAUGAGUGACCUCUCAAACCCUGUCUUCAACCUCCACAUCUUCACCAUGAAAGAGCUUCAGAAGGUCACAGCCAAUUUCUCCAGGAGCAAUUACCUUGGGGAAGGUGGGUUUGGUACAGUUUUCAAAGGGUUUGUUGAUCCCAAGCUCAGGCCAGGCUUGAAAGCUCAACCUGUUGCUGUCAAAGUCCUGGACUUGGAUGGCUCCCAGGGUCAUAGGGAAUGGUUGGCAGAGGUGAUCUUUCUCGGACAGUUGAAGCACGACCACCUCGUGAACUUGAUCGGAUACUGCUGCGAGAAUGAACAGAGGCUUCUGGUCUAUGAAUACAUGGAGCGCGGCAAUCUUGAGCAUCUCCUUUUCAGAAAUUAUGCAGCAGCUCUGCCGUGGCUAACAAGGCUGAAAAUCGCACUUGGGGCAGCAAAAGGGCUGGCUUUCCUCCACGAGGAGCAGAAGCCGGUCAUUUACCGCGACUUCAAGACUUCCAAUAUCUUGUUGGACUCGGAGUACAAUGCAAAGCUUUCGGAUUUUGGGCUGGCGACAGAUGGGCCAGAAGGGGAUGAAACCCAUGUUACAGCUCAAGUGAUGGGGACUGAAGGCUAUGCUGCUCCUGAAUACAUAUCAACCGGCCAUUUGACAACAAUGAGCGAUGUGUUCAGCUUCGGAGUGGUGCUAUUGGAGCUUCUAACGGGCCGUAGAUCAGUGGACAAGAACCUGCCACCCAGAGAACAAGUACUAAUAAAAUGGGCAAGGCCAUUCCUAAAGGACACUCAAAGACUUGACCAAAUAAUGGACCCAAGGCUCGAAGGCCAAUACUCAAUUGAAGGUGCCAAGAAGGCUGCAGCUUUGGCUCACCAAUGCCUUAGCCACCAGGCCAAAUGCAGACCCACAAUGACCAAAGUGGUCAAGACCUUGGAGGGCUUGCUAGAGCUCAAUGACAUCUCAAUUGGGUUCUUUGUGUACAUUGUGCCAAGUGAAGGCACAAAAGAGAAAGGUGUUGUGAUGAAGUGUUUGGAAGAGAAGAAUGAAUCCAGAGACGAUAAGGAUUGUGAUGAGCAUAAGAAUGGUGGCGAGGGUGAAUUUAAGGUGGAAGGUAGGAGGAGGAAGAGGUCAAGCAAAUCAAAGAAGGGUAGAAGUAGUAGUAAAACUGUUCAUUCUGAUACAGAUUUGUAUAGAAGGUUGGGGACUAGUUUGUAUUCUCCUAAAAAUUAAGGGGGCAAAUUAGGAGUACCCACACAAAAAAAAGUUAGAUAGGUCUUUUUUCCUUCUUUCUCCUAAGUUUUGUUUAUUUCACGAGGUCAUUCGCUAAAGUAUAGCUAAAUCUUCAUCAUGAUAGUUGCGAGAUGGAUUAUGAUGAUAAAUGAAUCAAAACACAUAGUUUGAUUCUCUAAUUGUCAUAAUGGAAUAUGAACAUGUGUUCAACCACAAUAAAGGCCAAAUUCAUUUACUAUUGGAUCACAUUCGCACGAAGAUGUUCUUCAUAGAAGUUUGAUCGAUUCUUUUUUAUACUUUUUCCUACCGGUCAUGUUUACCUCUGGGAGCUGAAGAAAGCAUAAUUGAAUAUGGAGCACUAUGAUGAUGAAAUGUUUAUGCAAAGAACAUUUACUGAUUUGUAACCCAAAUCAAAGUCAUGUCAAGAGUCAUGAUUUUAUUUUACUCCAAACAUGAAUAUUAAUAAACAUAAAUUUUUGUUUGUAUGUGAUGGUGAUGACAAUUUAAGUCUGUGAAUGUGGUCUAAAUUAGGCCUAAAUUUUUAUCUCUUCAUGUUGGCUGAGGUAAGAGGUGGCUUGUGUUAGAGCUGCAAAUAUAUGACUACCGAUUUUUGUGUUGAAGUCAAUUACUAGUUCGAGUUUGAACAAGUCCCCUUUUUUUAUGGUAUGUUAAAUUUCCUUCUCAUUAUUCAAUAAAACGUUAUUACCAUCAUAAAAAUAAAUCUAGUUAGAGUUCGAACAAUUUCAUUAAAUAGUUAACUUUUAUGUAAGAACAUGUCAACUACUACACAGAGUUAACAAAAAACGACUGCAAAUACAAUCCCAUGUCAAGCCAAAUGAGCUCUUUGCCAUUAGUGUACUCAUACCUAAAUUCUUUUUGGGACGAGAUUUUCUGCUAAUCAAACCUGAUAUUCCUAAUCUAUUUUUCUCUUUGAGGUUCUGCAGUCAAUUUUCUUGAAUCAGCAGGCUAAUUAAGGGCUGAUUUUCUCCACCUCAACUCACAAACUGCAUAUGGUUCAGAAAAUCCAGCACAGAAGAGACAGACUUCCAAUAAUUCCAAAAGAGGAGCAAUUGCAUACCUUAAAUUUUCAACAAAGGGAAGCAUUUCAAUUCCUCUCCACUAACACCAACCCACUAAUUAAGAUCCCCCAAGUCAGAUUGAAGACAAUGAAUGGCUCCUGAUAUUUCCAAACCUCAAGUCUCUUAUUAGACAAACAAGUUUAGGGUCGACUACCAUUGGUGAAAUCGUGUUUAAGUUCUUGAGACAAAUUCAACGGAUUACAAAUCUAUAGUAUUAAAGUUUUCUGAUACACAGUUUUUUUAUUAUUUAUUCACGGUUUACUCUCAUGUUAGCAUAAGUGUAUUCAUCCAGGCCAAUGUUUGCAUCAGUAACUAUUGUUGGCAUAAUUUGUAGUUAUGAUAAUAUGACAAUCUCGAGGUUGUGAUUAACGAGACCUACAAGUAAUUUAUAAUCUAUUUAAAAGUAUAUCAUAUCAUCAUUUAUAUGUCAUUGCAAACUUCAAGUCCGACAAUGAACAAAAUCUUUUGUUAGACAUUUAGCAAACUCACAUACGACGAAACUCUGAGCUUUCAAAUGACAACUCGUAUUGUAGCGAAUAUGUGAUGAAUGUUUGUUCAACAAAGUUGAUAAUAUUUGUGGAUUCUCAUUUCCCACCAUGGAAAACAGACUUGGAAUUCAAAGCUUGGUUUUGGGAUGAAUGAUUUGAUGGGGACACCAAGACAGCCUCCAAAAAUCCUGACAUGUUCAAGGUGCUCAGGAGAGUGGAGAAACAAAGAAAGAAAAAGAAAAGGACUUUACAUGACUCAUGAUGGCAUUAAAAGAAGAAUAAAGUCCAGAAAUCUAUAGUCCCCAAGUUGAUCCCAACAACUCCCAUUAUCAACCCUAUCAAUCCCCCAAAAGAUUAAAUCAACCAAUCUGAAGGAAGAAGUAGUUGUUAUGAUAACUGCCCAAAAUUAAACCAGAUUUUUAUAAUCCAAAAAUCCUAGAGCAUGAACUUAGCCUGAAAUGGGCUGUUGUUCAUUAUCAUCAGCAGGCCUGUCCUGUUUAAGGAUGUCAUGAAAAACAGGACAAAAGAUAACUAUCAUUCAUAGGCAGAUGGAAACAUAUAAAUGCAUGGGAUUGAGCAGCCAGCCAUCAGGUUGUGAUGUAUCUGUCAAAAAGGUCAAACCAAUUGACAAUGGUUAAUCACCAUGAUGACGUUUUUAAUGGCUGCUAAUCUUUGAUUCUGCCUACAAAUCAGAAGUCCACCCAUUUUUUUUUGGGUGUUGAAUAAAGUCCAAAAUUGGUGGAUUACCAACUUGGAAAAUGAUAAUAUGUUAUGAUUUGAUCUAGUAAUUUGGUCUGAAUUCAACCAUCGACUCUCACUCUCCUUCCAUUUUAAUUUAUCACAGCGGUAGUAAUUUAACCUAAUACAUCAUCCAAUUGAUUGUUGUGCGUAGUUGCCUUCAACUACCAUCAUUUCAUUUAUGUUCAAAUUUUUUUCCGUUCGCAAAAUAUGGACAUUUUUUGAAGUGAUUAGUUGUGGGGAAAACUAGAAUGGCUGGUUCAAAUUCUCUGUUCCUUUCCUCUUCUUAAUUUGGGACAUAUACAUGUAUGAUACGGUACCUAAUGAUCAUUCAUAAACCAAGUGAAAAAAAUGGAAGCACCAAAUGUUAUACAGUCUAUAGAUAUGAUUAUCAGUUUCCAUCAAGGUUGUCAACCCGCUUAGCCCCUUUGUCAGGUUAAGUAAGUGAGUUGACGGUUAAUGGUCAGAUCCCUUUUAGCCCAUUUUAGCUCGAAUAAGUGAAACAGUCAUUAUAUUGUUUAUACGUUUAUAAAUUAUAUCAAAUCUCAUUUAACAUAUGAGUAAUAACAUAUAACAUUACACCAAAAUAAUAUAUCAUACUUGGAUCCAACGUAUAGUGAAAAUUCACACGCAAUUGUAUAACAUCAAUAUUCAAAUGUUGAACUUAGAAUUCCAAAAAUAGAAUUAGGCAAAGAAGAAGAAAAAGAAGCGCAUUUCGAAAAGCAUAGAGAAAAACGACGUCGUGUGACCUCCAACCAGUGGCGGAUCUAGGGCUGGGCCUCCCCGGGCCACGGCCCAGCCCUCCUCCGAUCUAGAGCUAGUAUAGUACGUAUGAAUUUUUCGAUUUUAGGUGUUCAGUCUAGUAAUAUUUUAAGGUCGGUUCAAUGUUAUUUGAUAAUAUGAUUUUGUGUGACUUGAAAAAUAGUCUAGAUUAAUAUAUCCAAAGUCCAAACCACAAUUCCAAAUUUAGACUAAAAAUUCAAACUCCGAUAAUUUUCAUUCGGAAAGAAUAAAAUAAACAAUGAAAUCUAAAAGCCUUACACGUAAAAGACUAAAAGAGUAAAGUUUCAUAGAAAUUAAAAAAAAACCUCUAAACUAAAUCUCACACUUCUCUGUCAGAACUCCAAAAAUUCCUCCAAUACCCAAAAUCAAAAUUAGAACGAGGAGACGAAUGGACCCGAAACAAAUUCCUCCGCUAGUUCGUCAGGCGCUGAUUACUUUCCACUCUUUUGAUGAAGAAAAUAUUUACAAACUUUUUGAGUCAUCAUUUAAAUUGCUUGAGUUGAGUGGUGCACUAGAUCCUAAAAGUUCUUUCCGGUCUUUUGAUGAACAAAAUGUUUACAAACUUGUUCAAGAGUUUAUCCUCGAGAUUUUGAAGGCUAUUAUAUGCAUUCUUUGAAGAAUGAUCUACGUAUGCCGCUCAUGUGGUUCAUAGUCAUGAAUAUGAAGUUUCUUCCCUUGCAAAAUUACUAGAGAAGCUAGUGGAAACAGUGAUGGAUACACAAUAAAAAUUGAUUUGUCGGUUUAUUCGUCUAAUGUUGACCUAGCUCGUUUCGACUGCUACUACGUAGAUUACAUUUUCUGCAAUGAAAACAUGUGAAAACUUAUUUAUGCAACAAAAUGAGCGAUCAAUUUCUCACUAAUUGCUUAACUAUUUUCUUUGAGAUAGAGUAUGUUAUUGGUAUGGAUGAAGACUCCAUGAUUUGGUGAAUUCGCUAAAUUAAACGACAGUCAUGUACAAUUGACAUUGUAAUGAAAACUAUAUAGUCAUCAUUUAUUUUUUAUUUAAAGUAUCUAAUUUUCUAUUCAAAUACGGCCAAGUACUCUACUAUGUCCUGGAUCCGCCGCUGCCUCCAACCCGAUAACCUUAUGGCAGGUCGACCCGUAGGUUGUGUGACUAGUAUAUCUCAGUAGGGUUAGAGGUCAAAACAGAUCAAUCAGCGGGUUAUUUCCAUCUAAAUCAUUAGUUCUCCACAGUAUUUUCUUUCAUAAAAAUCCAAACAUGUUUGAUUUUCCACUCAAUUUUUUGCCAUAUUUCAUAAGGGGAAAAAAGGAAUUGGACUACCAUGUUUCACGCCCAUUUCUGAGAACUUGGGCCUAGGACAUUCGAGCCCAAUGAUUUUUGUGAGUUCUUUGCCAUUCUGCAAUUAUAUAUGUAUUUGGCCAAUAUUACACUGCUACUAUUAAAUGUAUACUUUUCGAGAAAAAAAGAUGAAAGCGAUGAGUUGUGAUGAUCAUUUCUUGUCCUUUGAUCAUAAAUUUACGAGUUUGAUUUCUACUUAUAUAAAUAGAACUCACUUUAUUACCUGUCAUUUAUAACUUCUUUUGAUCACCAAUUAUGUUGAAAGGUUAAUCACUGCUAUCCAUCUACACAAUACAUAAAGGCAAAAUAUGAGUUGGAAUUCAACUAUUUCAAAUUUUGUGGCCUGAGAGUGAUUCUAGGAAGGUCAUUUUUGUCAUUGUACCCAGUUCAUAUUUAUAUAUUAAAAAUGUUAUCAUUGGAGUUCAAACCUUGGUCACUUGUGAUUGAAUAAAGAACAUUAUAACCAAUUAGGCUACAUUUUAUUUAUUGUUAUUUCUUUAAUUGAACUCUAGGAAUAUGUUUGGUGAUGAUGCUUCUAUAUUUAUAUUUUAUCGUAAGUUAUUUAUAUUUUAUAGAAAGAUAUUAGUUCUGACAUCGAAACUCAAGUAGUAUUGAUUCAAACAUUAAUAUUAAAUUAUAUGUGUUGUUUAGUUCAGACAAAAUACAAAAGUGUAAUCAAAACAUGUACCUUUGUGAUGAGUAUACUCAUUUUUUGUGACAAAUCUACACAUAAUAUAAUGACAAAAUUGAAAAAUGAGAGUCUCAUUUCAAAUUUCGUGGUCUUGGAGUGAUUCUAUGGAGCUCUUUUUCGUCAUAGUGCUCAAUAUAUCUUUAUAUUAUGU